AUGUCUGACAACAGUGUCAUCGGCUGCAUUCCCAUGCGUAACGGCAACGAGGAGCCCUGCGUUAUCAUGAACACCGAGGAGCCUUGCGUUAUUAUGCGUACCGAGAAGAAGGGCCGCAAGGUCAACAUGAUGCUGAUGGCCGCUGCCAUCUCUGCCCUCAGCGCUACCGGUGCCAACGCUCAGAUGGGUUAUGGCAGCGCGGGUGCCGUAGCUGCUUCCAGCUCUAGCGCCUCGGCUUGCAUUCCCAUCACUAUCACUGUCACGCCUUCGGUCAGCGCCGCUGCCGAUCAGACCACUGGCGAAGUCGAUGGUGUUCAGGGCAGCACCUCCACUAGCGAGCCCAUGACUUACAUCACCAAGACUGCCGUUGCCACUUUGACCCAUACCACUACCUUCGUGAAGGCUACCCAGCCUGCCGGAAACCUGACGACCACUGCCACUCAGUACAAUGGCACCGCCACUAAGACAGCCAUCGCCAUGACCGGCACCGGCACUGGUGUUUCUUCUUGGGCCACCGGACCCUACCACUCUGCGGCUAAUGGUACUUAUGCCUCUCCGACCGCCACUGCUGACCAUCCCCAGCACGCCGGCGCUGCGACCUCUUCCAGCGUCAGCUACACUCAUCUUGCGGUGGCUCUAAUUGCCUCUGCCGCCCUGGGUGCUGUCUUCGGCGCCUAA